AUGGACUCUUUGUUCUUCCAAGAGCACAUGGAACCAAUCAUUAAGGUGGAUCCCAAAGAGAAUGAACCGGAGGAAAAACUGUCAUCUGAUGAAGACAAGAAGGAAGGUUCAUCUGGUGAAGAAGGUGAUUUUCCUAACUUUACACCCAGGUUCGAUGAGCUGACCAAGGCUAUUAUACGCUGGCGUCAACAACAACCUGGUGGAGACCAGGUUUUUAGUGGAGUGAACGGUGGAAUUUCGGUGUAUUCUUGGGAUGUUGUGGAGGAAGCAUUGCACUUUGGGAACAAGGGGAGACACCUCAGAGACCUUGAGUAUAAGGCGGGUCACUGGGAGGAUAAGGUUCUUGUGGCCUCUGUUAGAGACUGUGCAAUCUUUGCUUGGAACUGCAUGAGAGAUGGCAUGUACUACAAGAGACCUAGUUUUCCAAAUGCAUUUGGUGAAGAGGGUGGGGAUGUGCAGAGGCUUCGGGUGAGGCUUGGUAUUGACUCAAAUACACCAAUGGGAUUCUCCAGAGUCACCUUGGAUGUCUAUGUGGUGGUCAAGGAUUCGGCCUAUGAUUUCUCCAUGAGUAUGAGUACUACAAAGAAACCAUUCAAGCAGACAGUGAUGCUUUCCAUUUUCCUGGUUGAUCAUAAAACCGAACCCCAAGCAACCAUGUUUUUCCUAGUGAUGACCUUCCACUACAAAUAUCUCAACGAUGAAGAUGACAAUGGCAACUCAAGUGCAGAUUCGGAUUCAGACAUGAUGGGGAAUGCUAAAAAGCGACAGAAAAAGCGACAGAAAACUUAA